UUUAAAAAAAAAAAAAAUCCCCUCCAUUGAUCCCAACCUUAAUUUCUCCUCCCAAGUCUUGAUUCUUUUAAAAUGGAUGUCAUCUUUGAAACCCAAAGAGGCAGACCCUUUUCCAUUGAAGUUGGUUUCUUUGAUACUGUCCUGGAAAUCAAAGAAAAGGUACAGAAAUACCAGGGAAUACCUAUUCCUAGCCAAACUCUUGUCUUCAAUGGCAAAGUUCUUCAAGAUGAGAAAGAUGUUGAGUUUUGUGAAAUCCUCCAAAACUCCCGCAUUCAACUCCUACUCGCCCCGGAACCCGAUAAGGCUCAAGUCAAUAUUGAACAAUCUUCCCCAUCUAAGAAAAUCCAACUCAAUGUUAAUAUACCAUCCUCCAGAACCUCCGUUCCUCUUGAGAUGGACGUGAACGACACUGUUUCACGAUUAAAAGAAAAGAUUCAUGAGAUGGAACCUGUCCCUGUCAACAGGUUAGUAGUUCAAUCCAGCGGUGCCGAGUUGCAAGACCAUCAAUCCUUACGCGACUGUGAGCUGACAGAUAAUACUGAGAUUGAUGUAAACAUUAGGUCAUCGCCUACUGGUUCCGGGACAGGGUCGGCAGGGGCGGCCUCAACGGGUUCCAAAAGACUGAAGCUGAUGGUGUUGCCCAAGUGCGAGACUAAGAAGAUACCAGUGGAAGUGAAUGCAUCGGAUAAUGUGCGAGAGCUGAGAAAAGAACUGCAAAAGCUGCACCAGAGACUUCAUUUUCAUCUUCCGCAGGAAGGUUAUUUUUUCAUAUAUAAACAGAAUGUGAUGGACGAAGAUCGAUCGUUUAGGUGGCACCAAGUUGCCCAAGGUGAUACAAUUGAGAUCUUUAAUGGAAGUGUUACUGGAGGAUCAUAAAACAUUUUCAUAUUUUCCUUGUUUGUUCCUAGAAUUUUCAUUGCUACUUUAACGUGCCUAUAGUGAUUUAACAUUUGCAGUGGUUAAUGCUUGUUUAAACUCUUUGCUGGCAUUUUGUGGUAACUUUUUCCUUCGAACUAUACGUGUUGAUGAGAGAGACUGUAAAGGGUAAGCAGUCAUAUAGCAUGAAAUGGAAAAUGUGGAAUACUAUUUACUUUGCUCAUUUCAUCCGUUGCCCAAUCCUUAUUUCAAUGAGACUUCAAACUUGUUUGAUCCUGUCGAAACUGGAAAAGAGGCGUAUUGAGGUUGGUUUGGGCUAAACCACAAUCUGAUUUGGGUCAUAAACUAGAAACAAAGCCUGCCAGUGAGGCCCAAAAAGAGACUUCUAGCGGGAACCUGGUUCCAGGCCUAAGCUAUUAGCAACAGAACGAGAUUUAGGAGUAACACCGCCCCCCUCAUUUCAAUUAACUUCAAAAAGCCCAAAAAUGUUGUCAUGGUCCUUUUAGAAGCUCGAUUAAAGACCUCCCAUCUUAUCAAAAAUUAAGAUUUAUAGCUAAACCUUGAACCUUCUAAUAGUAUUUUCAAAUGGACCCUCAGGACUAAGGGACAGGAGAAGGUAAACAAAACAACCUUUUUUUUUCCAUAAAGAUCUUCUUAAAUGGUGCAAAGAAUACAGACGCAAUAAGGAACCACAUUUAAAAUUGAUCCGUAGCUUUCUUGGAAACAAAGUUGUCCACCAACUCGGCAACUUGCAAAAAUAAAUAAAAUC